CCAUCACAUGGUGGAAAUUUCCACGCGCUCCUCCCAGUGAAACGGGUUUGAUCUCGAGGAGCGACGCCAGUUUCUCUUCAUCCUGCGAGAUUUGCGCUGAUUCCUUCAGGAUCCAGCUCUUUUCCCGGAGACGACUCGUCCCUCACGGCUGUAGACAUGGACCGCAUGGAGCUGAAGAACGUGAACACUGAGGCGGACGACGAGAGCAGUGUGGACGAUCGAGACAUGGAGCCCAUCGAUUCAGAGAAAGCCACUAUCAACAGCCAGUUUCUGGACGAAGAGGACGCAGAGAGUCAGAAGUUCCUCACCAACGGGAUGAUGAAGAAGAAGAAAUAUGAGGAAGAAUAUCACCCGGGUCACGCGUCGUUUGGGAUGUCCGUCUUUAACCUCAGUAACGCCAUCAUGGGCAGUGGAAUUCUGGGACUGUCCUUCGCCAUGGCCAACACCGGCAUCGUACUGUUCAUAAUCCUCCUGCUGGGAGUGGCUAUCCUGUCGCUGUACUCCGUUCACCUGUUACUCAUGACGGCCAAAGAAGGAGGAUCGCUGAUCUACGAGACGCUCGGAGAAAGAGCGUUCGGAUGGCCGGGAAAAAUGGCGGCGUUUGGAUCUAUAACUCUGCAGAACAUAGGAGCCAUGUCCAGCUACCUGUUCAUAGUGAAGUACGAGCUGCCGGAGGUGAUCCGUGCGUUCCUCGGGCUGGAGGAGAGCUCCGGUGAAUGGUACCUGAACGGGAAUUACGUGGUGGUGCUCGUGUCCAUCGGCGUCAUCCUCCCGCUGUCCAUGCUGAAAAACCUCGGGUAUCUCGGCUACACCAGCGGCUUCUCUCUCUCCUGCAUGGUGUUCUUCCUGGGCGUGCUGAUCUAUAAGAAGACGAUCCUCCCUUGUCCUCUUCCGUUCUUCUACCAGCACGGCUCCAACAUGAGCGUGAACGGGUCGGACGCGCUGGGGUUACACACACUUCAGAACGCCUCGGCGCUGGCGUAUAUCUCUGAGGCGUCGGUCAACGGACCUCAUCUGGACCCUCACGCCACGACCUAUGACCCCGCGCACAGCCCGGUCGAGUUCACACACCACCCCGACGACCACGAGGACAUGUGCACACCCAAAUACUUUGUGUUCAACUCACAGACCGCUUACACACUUCCCAUCCUCGCCUUCGCAUUCGUGUGUCAUCCUGAAGUUCUGCCCAUCUACAGUGAACUCAAAGAUCGCUCUCGGAAGAAGAUGCAGGCAGUGUCGAACCUCUCCAUCUUAGCCAUGCUGGUGAUGUACCUGUUCUCCGCCCUGUUCGGAUACCUCACGUUUUACGAUCACGUGGAGGCAGAGCUGCUGCACACCUUCAUCAAGGUCUACAAGUUCGACACGAUGCUCCUGAUGGUGCGUCUGGCUGUGCUGACGGCGGUGACCCUCACCGUUCCCAUCGUGCUCUUCCCUAUUCGUUCGUCGGUCAUCACGCUGUGUUUCGCAGGGAAAGAGUUCAGCUGGAUCCGACACUUCCUCAUCGCUGCCGCCGUUCUGGCCUUCAACAACGUCCUGGUGAUCUUCGUGCCCACCAUCAGAGACAUCUUCGGCUUCAUCGGCUCGUCUGCGGCCACCAUGCUCAUCUUCAUCCUCCCCGCGGCCUUUUACCUGCGGCUGGUCAAGAGCAUCCCGCUCAGAUCUCCUCAGAAAAUAUCUGCAGCCAUUUUCCUGGUGUUUGGCGUGUUCUUCAUGAUCGUCAGUUUGUCUCUGAUCGCCCUGGACUGGAUCCACAACCCGCCCGGCUCUAAAGGUGCUCACUAACCCCGAAGCCCUCGCCAUCCCGGAGAUCAUCUCAGAACACACACCUCUCUCUCCAUCUCUCUCCCUCUCGCCUGUCGUUAUCAGUCCUCCGCUGUGUUUUCUCAGCACUCGGAUCUCUGCGCUCUCAGAUAGACGGUCCAUCGCUCAUUAUGAAUGUGAAAGAUGGAGAGAGAGAUUGCUUCAUCAAAUAAGCACUUCUGGACUUUUAUCAAGGCACGUCAACAAAGUUUUCAUAAUCACGUUUGCCUUCAUUAGCUGACUUUAUUGGUCACUGAUAGUUAGUUUGUUGAAUAGUUCACUCAAACAUGAAAAAACAAGUAAAUGGUGACGAUUUUCAUUUUUGAGUGAAUUAUUUGUUUAAUAUUAUCGUUUGAAUCAUAUUUCCUCUUUGAGAGGGAGGGGGGGAGGUCCAAUUAUACUAUUUUUGUACCAAAAUGAAGGUUGUGCGAACAGUCAGUCCACAAAAGCUCAAACUGAUGCAUAAACCCAGACCCGCAAAGCUGAACCACUUCCUGGUGAGAUUUCGGACUCCGUUCUCUUCAUCUGGAGGAUUUUAAAGUGUCCGUCAGUGAACUGAACGUUGGAUGCUUGCAUGCUUUUUUCCAAGUCGAGAUGUUUGAUCCACCGAAUGCCACACCAAAGGGGCAAUGCAGCGUUUUUUAUGAGAAUCUGCAUCCGCUGACUCAUUAAUUACAGUUUACUCGUGCGCAGGCCCUGACCUGAUGUUAAAGAGGACCUAUUCUGCUUUAUUACAUGUUCACUUCAUCAUUCUCUAGGGUGUAAUGUUGCUGUUUGAGCAUGAAAAGAGAGUUAUUCUCUAUAUCAGUGAAACGCCUCUAGUCUCGAGUUUCGUCACAAUAUUCCUCAUUAUAAUAAUUAAUGCGCAGGAUAAAGGGGCGGGGCCUGGUUGAGUUAGUUAGUAGUGUGUU